GCAGGGGGUGGAGCGCACUCGGUGGUGGCGGACGGGGCUGCGCUUAGUGCGGGACGGGACGGAGCCGCGAUGGAGAAGCCGCGGCGGGCGGUGGUGGUGACGGGGUUUGGCCCGUUUGGAGAGCACGCUGUUAAUGCCAGUUGGAUUGCGGUUCAGGAGUUGGAGAAGCUGGGGCUGCGAGAUGAUGUGGAUCUGCACGUCUAUGAGGUCCCAGUUGAAUAUCAGACAGUGCAAAGGCUCAUUCCUGCACUAUGGAAAAAGCACAGCCCACAACUGGUGGUUCAUGUGGGUGUUUCAGGCAUGGCCACAACGGUAACUCUGGAGAAGUGUGGCCAUAACGUAGGUUAUAAAGGUUUGGACAACUGCCGGUUCUGCCCUGGCUCUCAGUGCUGCGUAGAAGGUGGCCCAGAAUGCAUCGAUUCCAUUAUUGACAUGGACACGGUGUGCAAGAGAGUCUCGGCGCUGGGACUGGAUGUCACCGUCACCAUCUCCAAGGAUGCCGGCAGAUACCUCUGUGACUUCACUUACUACACUUCCCUGUACCAGAGCCGCGGCAGGUCGGCUUUCGUUCAUGUGCCUCCGCUGGGAAAACCGUACACGGCAGAACAGCUGGGUCGGGCGCUACAGGCUAUCAUCGAGGAAAUGCUGGAUGUUUUGGAGCAUUCUGAAGACAAAAUCAAUUGUCAGCAUGAACACUGAAAGUGGGCAGAUGGUAUCCUAGUGUUGCACUUCCAAAAUUUCCUCUGCUACUGGGGAAAAAGGUCUGGAAUGUACAGACCCAGAAUUGGAGACUUCAACAAGGAAAAUUCCACUUCUAGAAAUUGACAUUUUUUUUUUUGUCCGAUGUGUGCGUUUCAGCCUAGGCAACAAAGGAUUCAAAACCUCUUCUCUAAACCACCUGCAACCACUCGUUUCUGACGUGACUGAAGUGUAUGCUGUGCUUUCCAGAGCUCGUCUGUCAGCCGGUGACAGCUACUGACCGGUCUCGUACAGCACGGAUGGAAAAUUUCUCAUCUGCACUUGCUGUUCAGGUGCAGGGAAUUGAUAACCCCGUCUUCUAAUGACUGGUUCUUAAGUUGAAAGGUUUGCUUUCCUUUUGGUUUGGUUUUUUUGGCCCAAGUUAUAGGAUUUUAUAUGUCAAAGUACAACUGGAAAGAGUUGGGCUGGUGGGGGGUUGUCUGUUGUAAAACAGCAUGUGGUGGAGACAAAGAGUCUCCAAAAUCGGUUUGCUGAGAUGGAAAAUUAUUUUAGGCGCUGAUUUCUCAUCCCACGUUGUCCAAAUGUUCAUCGGGUCCUCUGGAAUGUCCUGGUUAACCGGUAGCUGUGGAUAGAAGGGAUGUGCUUUGGCUUCCUUUUGUUGUAGAGCAGGAGAGCUGUUUCGUACACGUAACGAGUCUAACUUGCGCCAAACAUCUCCAAAUGCCCUUUUUUAUCACGCUCUCGAGGCCACCUUCCUCACUCAAGUCAACCAUAUACCUCCUGUACAAAACACGUUGUUCCUGUGUGUACAAAGAAAAUCGGUGGCGGUUAAAUAGCUUUGCUAAAGGCCACUUUCUCCGCAGGAGAUCUUUAUCCUAGACUCUUGGUGCUAGCUGCUAUUUUUAAGGUGAAGGCUGAGUAAUUUAUAACUUCCUUAGUUAUAAAUUUUCAUUCUUGUUAAAGGUUAGAAGAGUAAUGUUUAACUGAAAUUCAGAGUUGCCUCCUUGAUUUAUUACAGGCAUAAAUAUGCGACUGCACGGGGUAGAAGAUAUUCUGCCAAAUCAGAUCUAAAAUCUUAUUCCCACUGUAAACCAGAGGCGAUUAUUUGAAAACUAGGAAUUCUACUUCAAUUUGAGUAUUCCGGGCUGUUUUAGUGUCUCCCAAUGGGAGGGCACCAAGUGCUGGUUCUCAUGUGAGCUUUCCCUAGAAUUAGUUUGGGGAAGUGUCCAUAGAGGUUCUAAGCGGGACUGUAGCAGUGGUUGACACUUGUCACGUGUGUGCAUUUGCUUCCAAAUGACAAGACUCCAGCACAAAAUGGAUGACGUUACAGCGGGAACAGGCACAAAAUUGAUCAUCGAUGACCAGUAGGUCUUGUUGAGAGGCCACUUAAAUGAAGAGGUCUGUGAUUUGAUUCUAAUACUUCUGCAAAUAUAUAUAUAUAUAUAUAUAUAAAGCAGCAAUUUGAAACGUUUUAAAAUACCAUUAUUUUACUUUUUCAAAUGAUGGAUGAUUCUGCUAUUGUAUCUCUCAGUGAGAGCUGCCCUUAACGUCCUGUUUUGCAGUAGAAGUUUAGUGACCAAGGCAACACCACUUCUCCUCAUGACUCUGGAGAGAGGAUGAAGACUUCUGCCAUUGUGAUAACUCUGCGAAAGGGACCUGUGUGUGAAGACGUUUGGACAGACUGCUUUCCCGAGGGAAUUCCUGCUGUGUUUGCUAGACAGGCUUUCCCGAUCACAAGAGUUUUGCCUUCAAAGUAAAUACCCUCUCUUGGAUUCAGAUCCGAAGUAGCACUUGUCAGAUUGUCCGCAGGCAGGCAGACUUUCUGAUCGGUAAUUUAUUAUAUUUAAUAUUUUGUUUAAAUAUUCGCGGUUUGACGCGUUUUUUGCAGAUAGUCGAGCUGCUUAUCUUGUAGGUUUGUUCCUUUAUCUGGUAGGAAGGUUUUGUUGUCGGUAUAUUGUAGCUGCUGAAUUUUUAAAUGAGGAGUAAUUCCUGUAUUCUGCUAAGUUCGGUUAAGUGAUUUUCAGUAAUGCUAUUUAAUUUACGUGUAAUGUAGUUGGAAAUAAAACAGGAGUGGAAGAUGAAAACAGUUCAGUGAGGCGAUAACAAGACGAUGACCAUGGAAUCGGAGCGGCUGUAGAAAGGGCUGGUUGGAGCAGCGGUGCCCGUGGGUGGAAGGUGUGGAGGCAGGUCGCUGGCUGUGCUCUGUUAGCGAUGAACGGCUCUAAGCGCCGCAGGUCCAGUCUGUCCGUGUCUACCGAACGUUUCUGUUUUCUCUGAGCAGCCCUAGAGAUCCCCCUGGGUGUGGCUGAGGAGGAGUAUCUCCAAACCCAUCAUGGUGGAAGGCAGGGAGUGGUCCAUCCAGCCUGCGGCCGUGUCCUGCUGGACACCGAUCCACGUUCUCCUUGGACCCAGUUGGCUGCUCACGGGGGAAUCCUUAAGCCGAUUCCCGUGCCCGCUGUUUGUCCGAGGACUGCAGCGGUUGAUGUGUCAAAAUCUCAUUUUUGGAAAUAACUGUGCUCUGAACGUGGCUUUGAGCUGCGCGUCUCCUCGUUAUCUGUUUUUGUGAAGCUUCCGGGCGAUCGCUUGCUUAGAAAACAUAAUUUAUUUUAUAAUCUUUUGGGGUUUUUUUUUUGAGAAUUAGUCCUCAGAGGCUGUGUUUGUAAAGGCUGCCUUGGUGGUAGAGAGAUUUGUAUAGCGAAACGUUUAAAAAAUGGCAUUUAACUAAUUUUAUUUAAUCUGACCUAAAUUAAAUACUUCUGUGUUUUCGAAAGCUGUCAGUUAAAUUCAUUAAUUGGUAAUGCCUUUCCCUAUGGGUGCAUAUUUGCUUGGAAAGAUGACGUUAAAAUGAUGCAGAGCUUCAAAGAUCUGAUGUUUUGUGUAAUGCUUCCUCUCUGCUUUCUCAUCCAGAUCAUCAAUAAAUAGGAUUUGCUAAUUUGCACUGACUGGGAGACCUGGUGCCAACCUCAAAACGUUUCCUGCUAGGAGUAAGCGUAGGAAGUUCAGGUUCAGUGUUAAUUACUGUGCCUGCAAUUAAUACGAUGUAAAAGCUGGUAGCAUUUUAGAAUCCUUUGACUGCAAAAUCCUCUCUGGGGAUCCGCUUUGUGGAGAAACGGGGGUGAGGGUGUUUUGUGCGGAAGAGAGAAUUAGGGAGGUUCCACCGUAUCGGGUCUGCUGUCGUUUUAUCUGCUUGCCAACAGCUUGGAGUAGGAGCUGGGUGGCGAGCUGGCAGGGUUUGUUGGUGACAAUUUAAUUGUUUCGGUUAUUAAAUGCUGCGGAGGGUUUUGAGGAAAUCCAGGUACUCGUAAACUCCUUCAUGGUGGUUGUGACAUCUGGAGGUACUCUCCUGUGGAUUGAACUGCCUUGUGAAACAGCAAAAAGAAAAGGUGGGCUUGAAAAGCUUCUUGACCUUAAAGAUUCACAGGAGGCUUGGUGAUCCUCAUGGAUCCCUUCAAACUCAAGACCUUCCAUGAUGUGGUUGAAGGUAACACCCAUUGAUAGAAGCUCUUUGUGGUUUUUUUGGAAGCUUAUGGAAAGGAUGCUCAAAUCCCUAAGAUCCCGUGGAGCAGUUCACGCUUACCUGGAGGAUUCCCCAACCUGGUGGCUUCCUCCUAAACGUGGGGGUAGUGGGAAAGGAUGAAAAGGUCAUGAAGAUGGUGGGAGGUGUUGAGUGUGGUUGUGACAUGGGACUGCAGCCAAGAACUGUUGAGCUUCAAGAGUCCAGGAGGGGCCUGACCGAGGGCGUUUGGAAGUUUAAGACUUCAGGAACGGCAACCGGUUGCUCUGCUUUCACCCCAGAGAGGAGAGAGGUUCAAAGGUGUCCGGGUUAAAUCUGAGAUCAAUGCUUCCUGGCUGACUCCUUGCAAGAAUUGAGUGUUUUGCAUGCGACAUCGCGUUGUAAAGCGUAGCCUGAUGCGUUGGGUAGGAAAUACGGGCUCAUUGAACCAGGGCUUGUCUCUAUCUCGGUAGGGUCUGUGCUGUAGUGAGCCAGUUAGGAACCUGUGCCAUCUGUAUGCGUGUACGCAGACGGCCACACGUAGAUGUAGCGUUCUAGCUCCAGUGUCUCUCGCUCUUCUGCCGGUUGUGCAGGCAAUAAUUAACCUUCCAGUGCCUCAGUCAGCUGGCAAAGGAGAUUAUUCAGGGCCACUGUCACACAGUGCCAGGCGUGGAAUAAAAGCCCAGGAGCUUCCAGGCCUCGCAAAGGGGCAGCGCAGACCCCCAGGGCUGGUAUUUUUCUUAAUGAAAAAGCUAAAAAAGUCAUAAUGCAGUGAAAUUUCUUCUAAUACUCAAAUAAUCUUCACUUGGUUGAGUGAUGAACCGUUGGUCUUGCAUGCAGGCUCUUUGGAAAUGUGAAAAAAAAAAAGGAAUUGCAGGAGGUGGAGCGUCUUAAAACCAAAAAUGGGAAACAAUUGAUUUGGUAAUUCCUCGCUAACACGCGAGGUAGUGCCGGCCUAAAGCAGCGGUUCUGGGCUGACCGUGGUGUUUCAAGGUUUAAGUUGCGGUGAAUUGUGCGUCGUUUAACUUGGAGAGUGUUUCUGACUCUCCAGCCGCACAGCUGGUGCUCGGACACCAGUGCUGGUGUUUGAGAGCUGACUGGAACCGGCGCGUUUAGAUGUAGGGACUCCACUUCACGUGCUUUUUAAUUAUGAUUUCCAGGCCUCAUCUCACAGCGCAGGUUAUAAACUUGUCGGCAAUUAGUUUGUAUGUACUUUCACAAAGUAACUGCCUUCCUAUCCUCUCCUUUCCUUACUUUAAUCUGUAUCCGAUGAUAUUUUAAUGAGAAAAGUCAGAGUUGUGAAGGCUUUCUUUCCGACUUCCUCUGUUGGCUUGGGUAAAAUACCCCUGGUUGAUACUAUAAGUAGAUGGAUUUGUUAUUUUUGCACCAGAAUCCCUAAUGUUUUGCAGUAUAAAGUGCACUUUUUCUUAAAAGCUUGUAUUCCUGUCUGAUUUGUGUCUUCCGUGAUGGGAGUGAGAUUCUGCCAAACCUCCAAAGCUGAGAGUUUUGUCAGUUCUUCAAUGUGUUAAGUGAAACCUGAGAUCCGCUUCUGCUCCGUCUAUUUUUAAGAUGAAAUAGAGAAGAAAAUGCUUCCCCGUAGAUAGGAAUUAAGUCUAGGAAAUGAAACUACACACUGCCCUUAGGUAAAACUCUGUGCUACUUAAAUACACCUUCAGGUUUUCUAUUGCACCAGCUUCUUGAAUUGCCAAUGUUUACUUUGAUUAAAUAGGGAGUGCCUUGUCCUGUGCUGGGCUCACUUUGGGAAAGCGGAGUGGGGGCGAUGGGGCCAGAUGAGCCGUUUGCACAUCGUGGGGGUAGAAAGACUGGGCUUUCGGCACUGGGGGAAACUGCUGGACUUGUUCAGCGUCCCCUUUAUCCAAGGAUGCUCUUCAGAAACUGCUCUGGAUUGAGUUCUCAAGGUUUUCUGACACACGCUUGGACCUGACAGACGGUAAAACAGAGGGUUUGCCACUUUGCUGUCGCUCUCGGUUGGCUUGGCCAAAUCUGUGAAGGUUAUUCCUUCUCUUCUUUAAGGUUACGUGUUUUGUUCGGGCUCUGUUGUGCAUGUUACAGCAUCACCCAGCCUGUCGGGUCCCCCGUCCGUUAACCGUGGUGAAAUAACCAGUUUGUCUGUCUGGGUGUCUCAGGAGACGCCAAGCUCCUGCCUACCAGGACUCUUGGAGCUGCAAUUCUCAAUCUGUCGGGGCUUCUGUUUUUCUCAGUGUGUUCUUGCAGUGCCUUGUAAAACCAAACAAUCUCGCGCGUCACAAAAGGGCUGUGUAAUAAAGAACCGGUAACAAACCUUCAGCUUGCGAUCGCUAGACUGGACUUUGUAACUGAGAAUUCAACUGAUGUUUCAAGGUAAAUAAAGAGUUUAACUCGCACUCUUGGUGUUCUUUAACAAGUCACUUUUAAAGAUGUCUUUUGUAGGGGAGCGGUUUCGCACCGGCGAGCACAGACUGACCAGAUAACUGCCGUUUGGGGUUCACACCAUUCCCUAAGCGCCUGCUGGUGGUGGAGAUGUGCCCUGGGCUGCGGGGAUGCUCUGCUGUCUCUCAGCAUGGGAGCAGAUGCUCUUGGGGCUCCUUCUCUUAGACCUCAGCCCUUGGGUGUUUGUGUUGUGUAAUUCAGAACAGUAUUUGGCAGUUUGAUCUUAACGUUUUCUACCAUGUAGCUGCGUUUCUUUUCUCUCUUAUGUUCUUUCUUCUUACCUUGAGGUAACUUUUGCAGCCCCAGCCUAGACCUCGUAGCUGAGCAGAGGAGCAGCCGCCCUUACGAAUGGAAGUGAUUGUGCUAAACUUGUUCAGCAUUACCGGUGUUGAGGCAUUGACGCCCAGGAUCGCAUCCUUCCCCUGAUCCGAUGAAGACUCCUCAAAACGUGCAGCAGCAAGGUUGGUUCCUGAGAGCCUGUGAUCCUGAAAGCUUUGGGGAGGAAAAAACUAUGAAAUGGCUUCUUUGUGAGUUUAAGACUUAACCAUUGCAC